AUGCGUCCUACCACAACGCCAGAACAGGCCGCUGUCGUGGGUUUGCCGACGAGCACUGUGCCGAGCUAUAUCCAAACUGUCGUGGGCAAGCGGUCACCCAUUUCUAACGAUAUUGAGGAGUUCCGUGGCAUUCCAUACGCCCAUGUGCCUGGAAGAUGGGAGCAUUCCCAACUGAUACAACGUUUGCCGCGCGACAUAUUUGACGCCACAAAGAAUGGUCCAAAAUGCCCGCAACUGGGUACACCCGACUCGCGUUCCUUUCAAUCAUACCUCCCCAUUCCGGACGACCGCGAAGAUGAAUUCGAAUGUUUGAAUUUGCUCAUCGUGCGCCCGAGCAUGACGGCACUUGCACAGCAAGACAUUGACCCCGAGACGACUAAACUGCCUGUUCUUGUUUGGAUUCAUGGAGGCGCUUUCUCGGACGGCGCAGCGACCUAUCCCAUGUGGGAUCCCUCUCGACUAGUCCUCCGCACCCUCAAGAAGAAAACCCCCAUUAUUGUAGUGGCCAUCAACUAUCGUCUCAAUAUCUUUGGUUUCGGCGCCUCUUCAGACAUGCUCGCGGCACAAGGAAACAAUGCCCCUCUCAAGGGCGUCAACUUCGGUCUCCGCGAUCAAAAGGUUGCCCUGAUGUGGGUAAAGCGCAACAUUGCAGCGUUUGGGGGAGAUGGAGCCAAAAUCACAAUCAUGGGCCAUUCCGCGGGUGGAAUCUCAUGUCACGCACAUGUUCUCGAGGCCGAACUGGAAACCAAGGAGGCUCCAUUCCGCAAGGCUAUCUUGCAAUCGGGAGCUUGGGGGGGUCUCAACUUCCGGUCGUUGGCGAAAGCAGAUGAACGGUGGGCGGACCUAUACCGGCUCUGGUCGGUUGAGGCAGACAGCCCUGUCGAGCGACUGAAUAUGCUGAAGAGAAUCCCUACACAGGAUCUACUUCAAAGCAUGAAGGAGCUGAAUUGGGGACUGUCUAUACUGGUUAUUGACGGGUUGACCGUGAGGGAGAGCGAUGCAGGCUGUGACGUUUCCAUCCACCUGGGAGAUGUGGACUUGAACAACGAAGUCAAGACAUCCGAUGAGAACGUCCAAGUCAUGAUCGGGGCCACGGCCACCGAGGUCAGCGGCUUCGCCCGCAUGGCUUGCUGCGACUACGCCAAGCUCCACGCUGCUUUCACAGCCUGCUAUCCUUCAAGGACAGCAGCUGAGAAUGUCCUACGAGCAUACAACAUCCUGCCCACGUCGUCAGAGGAAGAGCUCUUUGAUGCGCAGGUUCAAUUUUUCUCCGAUCCGACCAUUGUUCAUCCGGUCCAUCGUGCGGGCGAAUUCCUGAAGGCAUACCGCAGCAAGCACGCCGCCUUCCGCGGCCAGGACCCGGCUCGUGUGGGUGUCCACUCGUAUCAUAUCGAGUUCGGCAACCCUUUUCUUGGCCCCGAUCAAGGCAUCGCUCAUCAUGGAGUUGAACUGAUCUAUAUCUUUGAUGCUUUUCAUGAUGCGCUGGAGAAAGCUGACAAGGGUGUCUUGGAAGGCUAUGUCGAGCCUGAGCAAGAGUCUGCCAAGGAUGCUCAUUCAGGACUUGGAUCAACUGCGGAGGAGGUCGAAGCUGUUGAUGUCAGUACGGGACAGUACGGCAGAUCUAACAUUGAGUUGAGCCAUGACUUGCAGGACAUGUUUAUCCAGUUCAUUGUUGAGGAUGUCCAAGAGUCUGAGAAGCGCACAAAUGUGGACAAAAUUACGACAUAUGGCCGCGAUAGAGUAGCCCGAACAGAGAGCUGGACCGGCAGCGAGAAGUGGGUGUCAAGAAGGAAGCGAUAUGACGUUAUAGAGAAGGACAUGGAUUCCCUACUCGCAGUCACAAGAAAGCUCGUUGGGGACGUCUUGAACCAGCCUCUGGAAUAG